GUAUUCAAAUAUUUUCAAAAACUAGCAAAAACAAGUUAUAUUGAUACAAUAUACAAAAGUAGGUAUUGCUAUGAAAAUAGAAAUGGAAUUAAAAUAGAUAAAGAUAAGGUGGUUAACUAUUAUCAAAAACUUGCUAAUGAUAGGCAAGAAGCAUUAAAGCGCUAUUGGGAAUUUACUGCUGCUGAAAUUGCUUUAGAAGAUAGAGCUAAAAAUAACAAAGUUAAUGAGUGCUAUGAUGAAGUUGUUGAAAAUAAGAUAAUGACUAAUUUAGAUAAGAAUUUAAGAAAAG